AUGGAGAGUGGAAACUCUGUUGAUUGGAAGACCAUCAUGUCCCUUUUGAAGGAAAGAGACACUUCACAAAUCAAAGCCAUACUUGUUGCCUACAAACAGCUCUAUGGCCAUGACUUCUCCAAGUUCCUAAAAUCCAACAAAUGUGGGAAAUUCGGAAAUGACCUCCGAAUUGUGAUCCGGGGAUUGCAAAAUCCUCAGAAAUUCUUUGCCAAAAAACUGCGAGGAGCAUUGCAGAGCAGUGGCGAAGCGCGGGAUGUUCUGAGCAGAAUAAUAAUCAGUAGAUUGGAAAUUGAUAUUAAAGAUAUAAGCAAUGCUUUUGCUGCUAAAACAGGUUGGUCUCUUGGAAAUUUUGUGAGGAGGGAAUUCAAUAACAGUAGUGCUGGUCAAACCUAUGGUUUGGCAGGAGAACUUUUAUUGGGAUUUCUUAAACGUUGUUGA